GUGUCUCCACUCAAGGUUGCAUGCCUCUUCCUCACCGGAACUUCCAACAGCUCGGUCUGCAAAUUAAUCAUUCACUUUGAAAGAUGGUGGCAUUUGGGAAAAAGUUGAGAGAAUCCCAGAUCCAAGAAUGGAAAGGACACUACAUUGACUAUAAGUUAAUGAAGAAGAAACUCAAGCGAUAUACGCAACAAGUUGAAGUUGGAACAGAAAAUCACCUUAUUGUUCUGAAGGACUUCUCUAGAUUGCUAGAUUGUCAGAUUGAGAAGUUUGUUCUGUUUCUGUUGGAACAACAAGGAAUUCUUGCAAGCAGGUUAUCCACUCUUGGAAAACAGAAUGAUUCUCUUUUACAGCAGGCAGAUAGAAAAAAAGUAUCUGAAUUGCGAGAAGCAUAUCGAUCAAUUGGUCAAGAUCUCUUAAGAACUCUCUUUUUUGUUGAGAUGAAUGCCGUUGGUCUGCGUAAGAUAUUGAAGAAGUUUGACAAGCGAUUUGGCUUUAAAUUUACCAAUUACUAUGUGAAAACCCGUGCAAAUCAUCCUUAUUCCCAGUUACGACAAGUCUGUAAGCAUGUGGUAAUGUAUCAACUUGGCAUUGGAGCCGUUGUGGGAGCCAUAUCUCGAAACCUUGCUGACCUCCAAGAUCAUCGUGGGAGCUACAUAUCAAUAUAUGAUCAGCCUGCUUUAUCCCACCCGGAUCCAGUUGUUGAUUCUAUCAGAGCCGCAGUGGACAGGUUGUCAAACUCGACAAAUUUCCUCCAUUAUUUGGGAAAACAUGCACUUAUUGUGCAGGACGAGUUUCCAAGUUCAUCAGAGGAUUCUACUGAUGACAACUAUCAUUUCAUGUCACUUCUCUUGAAUUUGGCAAAUACAUUUCUGUAUAUGGUCAAUACAUAUAUAAUUGUCCCGACCGCUGACAGAUACACCAUGACCCUUGGAGCUGCCGCAACAGUCUGUGGUGUUGUGAUUGGGUCAAUGGCUGUUGCCCAGGUGUUUUCUUCAGUUUAUUUCAGCGCAUGGUCAAAUAGAUCAUACAUGAGACCACUUGUGUUCAGUAGCAUAGUUCUUUUUGUGGGGAAUACCUUAUAUGCACUGGCGUAUGAUCUUGAUUCGUUAUCAGUACUUCUGAUUGGUCGACUCUUCUGUGGGUUAGGUUCUGCAAGAGCAGUUAAUCGGCGUUAUAUCAGUGAUUGUGUACCCCUUAAAUUGCGGAUGCAAGCUUCUGCUGGUUUUGUCAGUGCUAGUGCACUCGGAAUGGCUUGUGGUCCUGCUCUUGCUUGCUUAUUCCAAACUGAGUUCAAGAUUUACAAGUUGACAUUCAAUGAAGCCACAUUACCUGGUUGGGUCAUGGCUCUUGCAUGGCUUGUAUAUUUGCUGUGGCUAUGUAUUUCUUUUAGAGAGCCUUCUCGUGAAACCAAAGAAAAUGUUGUGCCAGAAGAAUCUAAUUCUGGGAGGUAUAUAAAUGGUUCUCGUGAAACUAAAGAAAAUGCCUUGCCAGAAGAAUCUUAUUCUGGGAGGUUUAUAAAUAUAUCUGUGGACAAUUAUUCUACUCAACCAUUACUGAUGAACUCCAACAAUAAGCUACAAGAUGAAGACGAAGACGAGGAUGAAGAUUGUGAUGAUGCUGAAGAAGAUUCCAAAGAAAUCCAAAAGUCAGUCAAUUCAAUUGUGUCAGCAUAUAGAUUGCUUACACCAUCAGUAAAGGUUCAACUACUUGUAUAUUUUAUGCUCAAAUAUGCUAUGGAGAUCGUACUUGCUGAGUCAAGUCUCAUCACUGGAUAUUAUUUUAUUUGGUCAACUAGCAGCGUCGCAAUCUUUCUUGCAUGUCUUGGGUUAACAGUGCUUCCAGUCAAUGUUCUUGUCGGAAGCUAUAUCAGCAACAUAUUUGAAGAAAGGCAAGUUUUAUUGGCCUCUGAAAUUCUGGUAUGCAUAGGUAUACUACUAAGCUUCCACAUCUUCAGCUCUUACUCUGUGCCUCAAUAUGUCGGCUCAGCUCUUCUAACCUUCGUGUCAGCUGAAGUCCUUGAAGGUGUGAACUUAUCACUCCUAUCUCGUGUCAUGUCAUCAAGACUUUCUCGUGGGACUUUCAAUGGUGGAUUGCUUUCAACUGAAGCAGGGACCCUGGCCCGGGUAGUUGCAGAUGGAACAAUAACCCUAGCUGGGUAUUUAGGUGUAAGCAAGGUCUUGAAUACCACCUUGGUUCCUUCUUUGUUCUUCUGUGUUUGUUCCAUUGUUGCCACCUGCUUCACCUACAACUCUCUCUACUAA